GAAGAACCCUUGAGAGAUGAAUAAGACCUCAAACAGCACAGCAAUGGCUGACUACUUUUGUGAGGGUAACUGUGACUCGUUGAAUGACUCCAGCUACUCUACAUAUUACGAUUACGGUGAUGGUUCUGACUUCUGCGGUGGAGACAAGCGCCAGGAGGAAAUUUUCAACAUCUUCCAGACCUGUUUUUUCUGCGUGAUCUUCCUGCUGGGCGUGCUGGGAAACUGCCUGGUGAUUGCCACCUUUGCAUUGUACCGCCGCUUCCGCCUACGCUCCAUGACCGACAUCUUCCUGUUUGCCCUGGCGGUAGCUGACCUCCUCUUGCUCCUCACCCUUCCAUUGCAAGGUGUCGACACUCACCUGGGUUGGAUCUUCUCUGUACCCCUCUGCAAGACCAUGCGUGCAUGCUACGCUAUUAACACCUAUAGUGGGCUGCUGCUGCUGGCCUGCAUCAGCGUUGACCGCUACAUGGUGGUGGCACGAGCCCAAGAGAUGCUAAGGCUACGCAGUCAGAUAUUAACAGGUGGGAAGCUAGCUGCUGUAGGCGUGUGGCUUGUUGCGGUUCUCCUUAGCCUGCCUGAAAUUCUCUAUUCUGGGGUGACACUGAAUGAGGCAGACAACAAAUCAUACUGUGGCAUGACAAAGAGUGGGCAAGUCAAAAUGGCCACCAACGGAGCCAAUAUCACCGUCUUCUGCCUGUCCCUCUUCAUUAUGGUGGUGUGCUACACUUCAAUUGCUUGUGUGCUUUGGAAAGGUCGCGUCCAUCGGCGAGGGAAGCAGUGGCGCCACCAGAGAACCCUGAAGCUAAUGGUAGCUCUGGUGCUGGUUUUUCUUGCAUUCCAGCUGCCGUACACAGUGGUGCUGUCUCGCAGAAUAGCGUUUCAGUCCUGCGAUUUUCUGAUUGCGUACAUCACCUGCACUUUGGCAUACACCCGCUGUUGCCUCAACCCCAUCCUGUAUGCCCUGGUUGGUGUGCGUUUCCGUAAGGACGUUAUGACUCUGAUCCACCAUUGGGGCUGUCCAUGUGGCAUCCGAGUGGUGCUUCCCACGGAGAGCUCCGUAUCCAUCUCCGCCUCCUCGCCGGCACUCACCAUGCUCUCAGCUUGUUCUCCAACAUCUCCAGAAGGCAGUUAUUCCAGCAGUGACACAGCAACCCCUGUCAAGUUUCAGUUUCCAGGGAAACAAAAAGACUAGUGAACAGUAAACCACAUACAGAUAUCACGAGGAAGCCAUAAACUCAAUUGACUGGGCCUAAAUCAUUGUGACAUUUCUAACAUAUGGAUAACUGUUAGCACAUUUACAAAUGGUGCUAACCACAAAUACAAUGAAAGUAUAAGAAAAGAUUAAAUACUGUACAAAAAUUAUGAAUGUCUUUUCCAAAUUUAAUGUAAACAUGUAACAUUAACAUGGCAUUAAGACAAAGGUCAAGGAUCAACAAAACCAGCGAGAUUCAUGUUCUGGGGAGUUUAGCCCAAAAUGCUUAAAAAAGAACAUAGAUUGCUUUGAAUUGCUAGUUUUAGCAUGCUAACACAUCCAUAGUGACAGUAAAUAGAACAAACAAAGUGUAAAUAAACAAAGAGGUUUAUGUCUAUACCAAAUUUUGUCUGUCUUUUCAAAAGAAAUUUGCUGAAACGCAACUUCAUGGUGACGCUGAACUUGAAGGUCAAGGAUUAUCCUCUGGUGAGUUGAGUAUUAAAAAAGGAACCCAUAAAUUGAAUAGAUUGGGGCUAAAUCACUGAACUUGUCUCGUGUUGAAUUCACUUGGCAAGUACAUGUGGAAGAUUUCAAUACUGGCGUCAGGAGGUGAAAUUUAAGGAGUCAUGAAAAGGCGUCCCGAAUUUCAGGAUCCUCAUAAGCUCCAGGUUAUGGCACAUAGUCUCAAAUUUAUUUGCCAAUAUUCGCCAUUAAACAAAAAUAUAAAUGGAAAAUCUAAGGGCCUUAAAGGUGGCUUCUAGAUUUAAAACCAAAGUCAAUUGCUCAUAAAGAGCUAAAUCCUCCUGUCAGAGGGGUCCUAUAUCAAAACUAGGAGUCCAAUAUAGGUAGAUUGGUGAAAUUGUGUUGCCCAGUGUUCUCGGUUGUAUAACCACCUGAGCUCACACACUGGUUGUCCCUAAAUGAACCCUGGCAUAUUUAAAUUACAUUUGAUCUCCUGUUCACCAGUCCAGCCAGGACCCUUUGUUUUAUAGUUGUUUGCAUUAUCACGCUUGUGUUUUCAUUAUAUUGGAUUAUUGUACCUCGAAACCUUCAGGACACCACUAUGAUUUAAUAAUCUAAAAUGUAAUAAAGAAACAGAGGCUGAGAAGCUAGUUGCUGCUAAGCUAGUUAGCUCCUAGCUGGUGUUACUUACUUUCCACAGAAUGUUUUAUUGGUUACUUUAAUUAGUCAAAUGUAGAUCUGUUAAAGCUGGUACUUUUACAUGAAAAGGGCUUUAAAUAUAGACAUGACUUCCGCUUUAUCUGACUAAACGCACAGUAUGCAAGGCUUUUAUAUAUAGAUUUAUUUUACUUCUUUUUUUGGUAAAAUACAUGUCCGACAGAUUUGUGAAAGCGUUUGUCAGAGAUAAAAUCCUCGGAAAUGAAAUAUCUGAUCAGAGCGAGAUCUGACAAAGCACUCAGUGCAGUCUUGCGGAUGUUUGAAAAACUCGUUGGUGAUGAGACGUUUGUCACUUAAAGCAUCUUGUGGUCCAAUCUUCAGUCGUCAUUAGUCACAGUGGCCUACAACAGAUGCCAGAUGGUCAUACUUUGUUUCAUCCGGUUGUUGUUUAUCAGCCGACAGACGAUAAACUUGAGAUUUUCGUAAUCCUAACCACAAGUUGACAUGCAAACAGAAGCGCAAGCGUGCUUUUAUUUCAGGGAAGGGAAACUCCGCACACUUAUUUAUCUUAAAACGCAGUGUCAGCGUUGCGAUUCAUGUUUUUUUUCUUUUGACUUGAUGUUCAAUAUGUACAAAUGUAUAUACACUCCAUAUUAUACUAUGUAUAUUAUAAGGCGAUAAAGGCACACUGUUUCCCCAACACUGAGUUGUUUUUUUGCGGGGGCCAGUUGUGGGUGAAAGCUAAAUAUAAAAUGUAAGAUGUAAUAUUUCAUUGUCUGUUGAUUUCCUGCAAUGUUUCCAUGGCUCUGUUGUUCUUUUCACAAUUUUAAUACGGAUUUGUAAAAAAAUCUGUUGAAAACAGAUUUAUAUUUGAUUGAAUAUUUAUUAUUGUUAUUAUUAUCAUCUACAUCAGAUGCUUAAGGCUUAAAGAAUACAAUUGUAUUGUACAUAUUUUAUGCAUCUGGUGCUGGCUGUUUGACUGUCUACAAAAAAAUAACUCAAGCUAACACAAAUAAAACCUUUUUUCACUCGA